CAAAAAGAGAACCGUGGUGUCGUUACGGGCCGCCCUUUUUCAGCUGUACAACGGCUAAAUUCUCGUGCGUUUCAGUAUUCGUAAGGUAAAGGUAAUCGGACAGUCCACCAACAUUUCACACGGAAUAACAGCAAAAAUCGUUCACAGUCAAUCGAUUCCUUUCCAUUUGCGGAAUCCAGCCUUUCUCACAUGUCAGACGAAACGCCCACCUCCGAUGUCACCUCCGAGGUACAGAACGAACUAUCUGAAAAUGCUGCUACUUCCAAUGAUGCUAUGACCGAUGUAGACUCUAAAUCUACCGAAAGCUCCAAUGUAAACGAAGAGGAAGAGCCAUUGAAGACGGAAGAACAGACCAGGGUAGCUGUUGAAGAAACUGUAGAGGAAGCGGCUGCUGCCAACGCGGCGAAAGUAGCCGCGGAGGAGGCGAAAAAGGCAGCCGAGGCAGAGGCGCUUCGAAAGGCGGAGGAAGAAGCCAAGAUAGCGGCAGAGGAAGCUGCGAAAGUAGCCGCGGAGGAGGCGAAAAAGGCAGCCGAGGCAGAGGCGCUUCGAAAGGCGGAGGAAGAAGCCAAGAUAGCGGCAGAGGAAGCUGCGAAAGUAGCCGCGGAGGAGGCGAAAAAGGCAGCCGAGGCAGAGGCGCUUCGAAAGGCGGAGGAAGAAGCCAAGAUAGCGGCAGAGGAAGCUGCGAAAGUAGCCGCGGAGGAGGCGAAAAAGGCAGCCGAGGCAGAGGCGCUUCGAAAGGCGGAGGAAGAAGCCAAGAUAGCGGCAGAGGAAGCUGCGAAAGUAGCCGCGGAGGAGGCGAAAAAGGCAGCUGAAGCAGAGGCGCUUCGAAAGGCGGAGGAAGAAGCCAAGAUAGCGGCAGAGGAAGCUGCGAAAGUAGCCGCGGAGGAGGCGAAAAAGGCAGCUGAAGCAGAGGCGCUUCGAAAGGCGGAGGAAGAAGCCAAGAUAGCGGCAGAGGAAGCUGCGAAAGUAGCCGCGGAGGAAGUUUCUCCGUCGUAUACUACACCUCGUGCCGCGUCGAAAGGGAAGAUAAUUAUUCCAGCUGCUUUUUCGAAUACGUCAACACCGGUGACUCCAAAAUCACCCUCUUCCGCUCUCAAAAGUCCUGCGAAUAAGCUCGUUAUUCCCGCCGCCUUUUCGGGUGGCUCUCGUGUUUCUCAGCAAUCAGGAGCUACUACUAAAGCAGUUUCAUCACAGGAGGAACAGGAAUGUGGGAAGGCCCCUCCUUCCGAGACAGGUGUGGAUGAAGUGGCGCAAGGAAAAGAGGGAAAUGAGGCCAAUGCUUUAAGGGACAAGGAUAAUAGGGCACCUGAAUGCGUCGAAGACGAUUCCAAGGCCCAAGCUUCCACUGAUUGUUGCUGUGUCAUUGUUUAAUGAAAAGCAGAGCUGGUUUUUAUCUUCCUGCAGCAUCUCGCUACGGUGAAAGACAGCGAUGGAACAAAUCCUUUACCCGCUUAUAUAUGUUAACUGUGAGUGCCAACAAUGAAAGAAUAGGUCCUAGCUAGAUUACAAGUAUCUUCCAAGACGGUCUACGCCGUAGCUUUCAAAAGCGCACGGCCUGCUAGAAAGAGAUAUUGACUAGCAGUACAUAGGACGUCAAUCGCUCCAUAGCUAAAUAGAGCGGAUGUGCCUAGUAACCGAGAGUCAACAGAAAACUCGGAUGCCAUCACAGUGAACUUUUUCGGUCACGCCGUCUCUACUAGAGAGCCCGCUUUUUCCAACACCC